CAAAAAAAAAAAAAUGUCGCGGGUAGCUGAGCAGCAGUACUGGCAGUACGCCGCUGCCGCCGAGUCUUCGUUGGCUUGUAGGCUGGCGCCGCGACCGCUGUCGCAGUGCCCGCAACGUCGUCGCACCGAAGGAUCGCCGGUUUGCGUCGUCGCGUUCAAGUCGCCGUGCUGCUGAACUGAACUGCGUUGACGAGUCGCCGCCUUGAAACCACGAAGUCGCCCUCCAUGACAUGCACCGUUGCCAACGAACGCUCGGAAUGAACGAUAAUGUGGUUCUUGAGACGGCAUCAACGUUAGCCGAAGCCCAGACCACUUGAGACAAUUGGGGCGGAAAGAAAAACUGUUUGGCAGCACCUGCUGACAUGGGGAGCUGCGUUUCGGCCUUGUCAAGUGUCGGCGGAGACAGGAGUCGUCGGGAGCGGACGUUUCAGGUGUGGAACCUGGACGAGCAGGGCGCCGAGGUGAGCCCGGGCAAGAUUGAGGUGAAUGCGAACGACCUGGUGCUGUACCAGCGUGGUCGGCCACCGGUGCGGUGGCCCCUGCGUGGCCUGCGGCGCUACGGCUUCGACGCGCACCUCUUCUCCUUUGAGAGUGGCCGUCGAUGCCCCACGGGCUCGGGCAUCUAUGCCUUCAAGUGCCACCGCGCGGAGGCACUCUUCAACGCCCUGCAGGAGUGCAUCCAAAACUCGGGUGCUGCGUCCGCCAUGACAACGACCAUCAGCAGUUCGGCGACCGUCCCCGACCAGCAGCAGACGGUUCCACCCUCGAGCGUGGUCCCGCUCACGAGCCAGAGGAAUGACAUCGUCUUUCCCCCGCCGAUCAGCAACGGUCCCACAGUUGACUCGUCGGGCUACCUCGAACCCAUCUCCCUGGGUUCGCUGCGGCCUCCCACCUCGACACAGUCAAAUGCAGCCGCCAUUACGACGCCCGGCGCGAUGUCGCAAAACCUGCCCCAGCAUUCCUACGUCAACUCGUGUGCCCAGUGUGGCCAGCCACAUCCGCCACCCUGCGUUGACAUCAACACCAACUAUGCCAAGCUAGACGACCUGCUCAGGCAGGAGGCGGGCGUCAAGCCGAGAGACAGCAACCACUUUUACGUUAACGUGAACCCCAUGCCCUUGAAUCAGCAGCAACAGCACCAACAGCCACUACAGACGCACUCGUACGCGAACCUGAGUUGCCCGGCAUCCCCCGAGCGAACCGUUCCCCCGAUGGCAGUGUCGUCUUCAACAGCAGCAGCAGCAGCUGGCCUCGUAAAUAAUGGCGGAUCGGUGGACGAAGUCAACUACGUAGUGCUCGAUCUGGACCAUCAAAGCGACUCGAGCACUAGUGCCGUGUCACCCGUGGCAACGGCAGCACCCGCGGUGGGCGCAACGGCGGCGGCACCGGGUGGCACCGCUGCAGCCGGUGUUGCAACCCUAGUGCCUGGCUCGCAGCCGACGUCACCCAUACGCACGCCCGAGGGCUACGCGACCAUCGACUUCGAUCGCACGGCCGCACUGUCCAACUCGGCCAACCCGGGCGCGCACCAUCAUGACGACAGUGUGCGCAAAACGCGCCACAACAGCAACGCGGUGCCCGUGCUGUGCUGAAUGGUGGGUGCGUCUCAGGAUAUGCGCACGUAUUGGUCUGUAGCCAAGCUGAUGAUGUGCAUGUACGUGUUCUGCAUUGCCGCUAACUGGAGGCUAAUCAUCACGACAGCUUGGACAAGACAAGCCACUGCAGCACUGUUGGUAAGGAUUUUGAUAUGUGACGAGGGGCCUCUCAGGCAUGUGCAGAUUGCCACAAGCAUGGUGAUAAACUUCCAUGUUGACAGUGUGACACAAGAACAAUCCCAGGUGCUGCUGUACAAGUGACCCUGCCCAUUGGAUGAUGUGAAGUUUUCCAGAAGCACAGUGAGCACGCUUCUGCACUCUUCUCCUGGGACACUGCGCUCCACUCUGGGAGCCAGCUUUAACUGUACUGUCACGUUAGUUCUUGAGCUGCUCACUGUUUCCGAGAUGUAGCACUGAGCUCUUGCUUUGAAGUAAGCACGAGUGGUGAGUGGCACACUUUGAAUGGCACACUCAUUUCGUGCACGUCGAUGCUCGAUACGUCAUGCAUGUGCUUUGCUUACAUGCUCUUGUGAUGGCUGAGAAAAGCUGCCUCAAUGCUAACAGACACAAAUUGACAUUCGAAUCACUGAACAGCUUGUCAUGACAAUGAAGCCUCUCGUGUGGCAAUACGCAUUGAAAAUGUUUGGACCACCUACCUGAUCAUCUUCACAAUUCUGAUGUGCACCCGAUUUUUGUCACAAAUGAAAGAAGGGUAGCAUGCUCCCUGUUUUAAAAGUUGGAGAAGAAAUUUGAAAUUAACUAUCGCAAUAUUAAACUGCAUCACUGCAUAAGUGUGAAAACAAACAAGUCCCUUUUGGAAUGAGCCUUCAUAGAGUGAAAUAUCACUGGCAAGGAUUUGUGAAUUUUCAGCCAAAAAUACCAAGCACAAAAAAUGCACAAGCAUAGUAACAUACAGAGAAAUAUGUUCCAUUGCUAUCUCGUGACUGCCAUCAUCAUAUUUGAAGGCAGGCCAGAAGCGAUGCAGCAACUGCAGUUUUUGUUUUUAUAUGCGACUGCAACAUGCAGGCAACAUUUCAACACAUUUUCUGGAAAGGAUGUCAGUCAUAAAAUACAGCAUACACGCUACCUUCAAUUUUGUGCACAACCAUUGUGUUAAAAAAUUUGCUCUAGAUAGUUCACACUUUCUGGUGAACUUCAUGCUUUCGUUUUAAUGCACACAAAUAUGAAAACAUAAAGAGCACGAGAGUAAUGAAAUUAAGUGCUCGCCUGCAGUGCAUACUAUAUUUCGUGUGUCUGUAAAGAGUUUUCCAGGAGCCAUCACCAAAAGACUUGAUAAGUAAUGCAGUGCUCAUACAUAACGAAUGGUACUCCAAAUAUGGAGUAAAAUGGAGCAAUUUCCACGGCCUGCAUAUUCAGAUUGAAUCAAGUGUUGUAGAAGACUUGUUACAGAGCUCCUAUUUGUGGCCACAUGUGCAGUGGUCUGUUGACUUUUGACACAGGUGGUACCGUUGUCAUGACAGCUACCAGCUUUGGAAAUGCUGCAUUUACAGCUAAAAAAAAAAGAUUCCGAUCACUAGAUCUCCAGAUCAAUUCAUUAGGGUACGAAGUUUUACCAGCAGAUGUACACCAGAUCAUAGCAAUGGGUGGCAACCUUGCUCUGGUCUGUCACAAUUGCUGUGCUAAAGCAAGUGCAUUUAUCUGGCAGCAUAAGCAUGAAAAAAAGUCUGAGGGUUUAAUUUUGAGACCUGUAAAUACGCAGCUAGCUAUAUGCCAUGCAUGUGUCAUUGUAACAUUGUUUCGUGCAGCAAAUACCAAUGUGAGAGCAUCUGUAUUGGACGUAAGCAUGACAGUAGCUUUCUGCAACCUAUUGCGGUUAGAAUAGUUGAAAGUGUGUUUAAGAGAAUGCAGCCUGGUUUAUUUUUGAAAAGGCAGAGACUUCCACCAUAUGGUGUGUACCAGCAUAACUGUGUUGACACCACAGACGGUGUAACUGUGGUUGUACACCGCAUAUCGUGUAGACAAGGAUGAGACAUCGUAUGUGUAGCAUACUAUCAGAACCGUGUAAAAUGCCACAGAUGGAGUAGAUGUGGUUGGGACACCACUUUCGGUGUUUAUAUGGAUGAGACACCAUAUAUCGUGCACA